GUUGUUAGGCACGUUUGUCGAAGAGUGCAGGGGAUGGGAUAAGGGGUAAAAAUUCGGUAUUUUGGAAGUUUAGACGUGUAAUAGUAUCGUAGGUCUGCUGCAUGAAAAGUUCGGUCAAAAGUUUAUUUGCAAGAACCUUAUUUAUCACCAACGCUGUACCCGAUGGAGGAGUUUCAAGCAUGGCUCACAAACAAGUUAUUGUCACUGGAAUCAGAUGACAGUGUUAUCACUGAUUACAUAAAUGGGAUACUUACGGGAGAUGAAUCUCAACCAGAAAAAGAGGAAGCAUUACAGGGAAUACUGUGUGGAAUAAUGGAGUCAGGAGUGGAAGAGUUUUGCCAAGAAAUAUUUGCUAAAUGGAAUGAGUGCAAUUCAACAAGUGCUAAGAAUCAAGAAAAUGGUGCUGCACAGAAGGUUGACAUUGAAGAUCAACUGUCCAAGAUCAUGGAGCAGCAGAAUCUAUCUGCAACUGUCACAGAGAAGCCCAAGGUGUCCAAUGCCGAUAAAAAGCUAAAGGAAGCUAUUCUCCAGCAAUAUGCUGAGGUGUCUGACCAUGAGGAAGACGAGGAGGGCGGGGGCGAAGAGCAGCUGGAGGCGGGUAAAAACACCAACCGCGACGAGGUCACCCGCGAGGAACAGGAGCGGCGAGAGAGGAUGAAGGCCGAGGCGGCCGCCAAACGGGAGAAGGACAAGCUGGACAGGGAGAAGCAGAAACAGCAGGCUGAGCGAAAGGAUAAGGAGAAGAAGCGCACCGCCAAAACGGAGAAGCGCAGAUAGCACGCCACGACAGUGUGGUGAAUGUAGGGGGUUCGACAUGGCGCUGUGUGCGCUGGGCCCCCGCAAAAGUGAUCUGGUAUAUGUAGAGUCUGACGGGAUUGUUCUGGCUAUGUUGGUCUGUCACGCAGUGUGUAUAUGCGUGGUGAUACUCCUGGACUGGCCCCAUCCGGUGCCGUCUGUGUGUUGUGUGUG